AUGCUGCUAUGGGUCGCGCUUCAUCGGGAUCAGUUUGAUGAAGAAGAACAGAUGGUCGUGUGGAUACUAUACCACAUGACAGACAAGGCAGCCGACUGGGCUCUUCCCCUCAUUGGGGCAAUUAUCAAGGGCGAGGGCAACCCCCCAACUACCAUCCCAACCCUCACGGCCAAAUUCAAGGAGGCCUUUGACGACCCCAACGCCAAGCGGGCCGCUGCCAGAAAGAUUGCGGCGCUCUCCCAGACCACCACCACCUCCGAGUACGUCACGGAGUUCCGCAAUCUCAUGGCGGAAUUAGACUGGAACGAGGAGGCCUACAUUGCGCAAUUCACGCGGGGCCUCCACUGGAAAGUCAAGGAACUGCUGUCAACCAAGGAUAGCGUUCCUGAUGAACUCAAGGCAAUUUUCGCGGCCUCUAUUAAAAUUGACAACAUCCGCCGCGAAAAUGAGGAGAACCGCCCUAAAAAGGCACCAGCUAAAUCCCCGGUCACUGCGACCACAUCCACCCCCACCACCACAACAAGGGUCCGCCUAUCUGAGGACCCUAACUACGUCACCCCGGAGGAAAGGGAUCGCCGCCGCGCGUCUGGCCUGUGUGUCAAGUGCAGCCAAAAGGGCCACGGAAUCAAACAGUGCCCCAACGGCUGGAAAGCCACAAUCAAGGAGGUUGCCAAGCCCCCGACUCCUAAAAAGGACUUUGUAGAUAAUCUUGUAGAAUUUGUUUCUGUCGGUCUGGAUUCAAAUAAAAAACCACUAUUAUUCAUCGAUCUACACGUCCAAAACUCCCAGGCAGAACCCAUCAAAACCCUCAUAGACUCCGGCGCCACCUCUAAUUUUAUAUCCCCCAUUGUGGUAGAAAAACUCAAAAUUCCAAAAACCCUACUCGAAAAUCCACGAGUAGUGAGAAUGCUAGAUGGUACCAUUUCCCAGACUGGUUGCAUAUGGCACCAGGUACAACUCGCGGUUUCGGUCAAUGACCACCCCCACACCAUUCCUUUCCUGGUAUGCCCUAUAGGCAACACCCCGGCAAUCCUCAGCAUGACUUGGCUAACAACAGAAUCUCCCCUAAUUGACUGGCAACAGGGCUUAGUCACUUUCCCUGAGCAAGUUCAAAUUGCAUCUGAGGAAGAGGCCAAUUCAGAUCCCCUUGCAGACCUACCCACGGAGUACCACAAAUUUGCCAGAGUAUUUGGCAAAGAGGAAUUUAAGGUCCUUCCCCCCCACAGGGAAUAUGACAUUGCCAUUGACCUACUUCCCAACGCCAAACUCUCACCUGGACCUAUUUACGGCAUGACCGAUGCAGAAUCAAAGGCGCUGAAACAACACAUUGACGAGGAAUUGGCAACAGGCAAAAUCCGCCCCAGUACAUCCUUGGCAGGCGCUCCGGUUAUGUUUGUAAAAAAGGCAGAUGGAUCCCUCAGAUUGGUUGUCGAUUACAGAAAGUUGAACAAGGUUACCCACAAAAACGUCUAUCCCCUACCAAGACAGGAUGACCUCAUGGCAAAACUCAGACACGCUAAGAUCUUUACCAAGUUGGACUUACGUUGGGGUUACAACAAUGUACGCAUCAAGGAAGGAGAUGAGUGGAAGACGGCCUUUAGAACCAAAUACGGCCUCUUUGAAUAUCUAGUCAUGCCAUUUGGCCUCACCAAUGCCCCUGCAGCGUUCCAACAUUUCAUGAACGAUCUAUUCAGGGACCUGAUUGACGUAACCGUGGUAAUUUACCUAGACGACAUCCUCAUCUUCUCGGAGAAAACCGAAGACCAUCCGGCCCAUGUCAGAGAGGUACUAUCCCGUCUCAUGAAGAACCAACUGUUCUGCAAGUUGUCCAAAUGCCACUUCCACGUGACCACCGUAGAUUACCUUGGUAUCGUUAUCUCCCCGGAUGGAUUCUCGAUGGACCAAAAGAAGAUCGAAGCCGUUACCUCCUGGCCCACGCCCAGAACGGUUAAACAGGUCCAGGCCUUCCUAGGAUUUGAAACCCCUUGGUCAUGGGGCAACCUAGAGGAAGUAGCGUUCCAGGAACUAAAGGGUCUUGUUACCAAAUCUCCGGUCCUCAUCCACUCCAACCCCAGCCUUCCCUACUACCUAGAUGUCAUGACCCAUGCCUUUGCUGGCAUGUCUCCUGACCAAGCCACCUACUAA